UAGGUGGCCAAAACUAUAAAGAAAAGAAAAAGUGAGGACAUAAAAGCAGAGCCGCCUCCUCUCUCCACCCCCCUUCUUUUUUCUUCCUUUUUUUAACUCGUUCAAAUCUCUCUCCCUCCAUUACCACCACUCCACUUCUCUUAUACGGUGCCUUGCUUCCUCUUCCUCGCCCCAUAUCCUCCCCUCCCCUCCCCUCCCCUCGCCGGCGAUGGCGUCAUCAUCGUUAAAACUAGAGUGGGGUUUCCCCGAACACUACAUGGAAAAACGCCAGCUUUUCCUUCGCAGCUAUCAGUUCUCUCGAAAGCCGCCCGGGGGGGCGGCAGAGCGGCUCCGGAGCUCCACCGUGCGAGUCGGCCGACUCAUCUGCUUCCGCCUCCGUGCUGCCCGCCGCCUUCCUCGUCUCCUUUGGGCACGGCUGCGCUCCGCCUUAUGGGUCCGCCGCGGCCGCCGCCACCGGCGUUUCUCUCUUAUUCCGCGGAGCGCCGCCGCGGGAUUCUGUUCAUGGUAGGUGGAAGCUUAAGGAUAUAGGAGAGCACUGCUGCUGCUUGCUUACAAUUAUCUCUGUUUUUCAGUGGUUUGGUUGAGAGCUUUGUAUAAUUUGAGAAAGUUAGAUCUUUUAUUUCUUCUUUUUUCUUAAUAUUAUGAAUAUGAGUUCUUAAUCUA